AUGUCUCACACUGAUUCUACAGCUGACAACGUCAACACGACAUCAACGUCAACACGACAUCAACGUCAACACGACAUCAACGUCAACACGACAUCACCGUCAACACGACAUCAACACGACAUCAACGUCAACACGACAUCACUGUCAACACGACAUCACCUUCAACACGACAUCAACACGACAUCACCGUCAACACGACAUCAACACGACAUCACCGUCAACACGACAUCACCGUCAACACGACAUCACCCUCAACACGACAUCAACGUCAACACGACAUCACUGUCAACACGACAUCACUGUCAACACGACAUCACCGUCAACAUCACCGUCAACAUCACCGUCAACACGACAUCAACACGACAUCACCGUCAACACGACAUCACCGUCAACACGACAUCACCGUCAACACGACAUCACUGUCAACACGACAUCACCGUCAACACGACAUCACCGUCAACACGACAUCACCGUCAACACGACAUCACCGUCAACACGACAUCACUGUCAACACGACAUCAACGUCAACACGACAUCAACGUCAACACGACAUCAACACGACAUCACCGUCAACACGACAUCACUGUCAACACGACAUCAACGUCAACACGACAUCAACGUCAACACGACAUCAACACGACAUCACCGUCACGACGUUAA